GGCCUAAAAAUAGCUUGUGUUUUCGUCAACAAAGCUGAGAUUCAGAAGAACAGUUAGGUAGUUCCACUGCGUUUAGUUCAUAUACUGCUACCUCUCGAGGUCAGUAUCAAGAUAGUAUAUGGUGAAUCUCUUCCAAUAAAUGAAAGUACUCGUAAAGGACGACGAAAACGGCCAGCUGGAGGUUCAGGUAAGUGUUACAACUAUGGAGAAUUCAGGACCGCUUGAAGGCAGUUCUCCCGAAACUCCAGCACGGCAUUCCGAAUUUGCAGCAGUGGUGUUUCAUGAAAUUGCGGAGAUGUACCCAACAGAUUCGGAUGUAGUAUGCAGUUAUACUCUGACCGAAAACAUCACUGCAUCUCCAAGAGAUUGGGUUGGUUUGUACAAAGUGGGUUGGCUGACCCCACGCGACUAUGUAUACUAUGAAUGGGCACCCACACCUUCACUUGCUGAAUCAGGAUCAAGUGUGGGCGCCAAGGCUUCUAUUGUGUUUCCAGAAAAUCGUCUGCCUAAAGAUGAUGGGGAAUUCUACCAGUUCUGUUAUGUUUCUCAAAGUGGCACAAUUCGUGGGGCAAGUACCCCUUUCCAGUUCAAACAGCCAUGUGCCGAAGAGUUUGUGGAAAUAUGUGAUUCAGAUAAUGAGAUGUUGGUGAUUCGACAUAAGAAAAAGUACCUGGAAGAGGAAAUCUCCAAAAUAACUACGCGACUUCAUGCCAUGGAGCAAGAGAGAGAGAGUCUUAUAAAGAAACUUCACAGAUACCAUCUGGCUGAGGAAGAAACCAAUGCCAAGCUGGCUGAGCUGACAUCAAAGUUGACUGAAAUGACUUCUGCAACCAAGGACAUGAGCAUUGCCCAUGAUGAAGUCAAAGAGAAGCUGGCUUUGUCAGAGAAGGAGCGAGAAAGGCUGGAAAUGCUUCUUCAUGAAAAAGAUGCAAAGAUUCACGAAUACCAGCAAGAGAUCAAGACCCUGACAGCAGCUAAAGAUGAGCUUGAGGGUCUAAACAGAAGCUUAAUCAAUGAGAUGGACAGCUACAAGCUGCAGGUUGCUGAGAGCCAAGCCAUUGCUACAUCUCAUUUAAAAGAGAUAGAGGUCCUUAGCCAGGAGCUGGAUGACCUUCAGAAGAGGCUAUCGCUUUGUGUGCCUGUCAGUGAGAAGGAGGCAGUUGAUGCUAAUAUAAAGCAGCUUGAGAUGAAGAUAAAUGCUGAGGUAGCAAGAGUUACGGAACUUAAGCAACAGUCUUGCACUGACAGAGUCACAAUUCAGACCCUCGAGACACAGGUUCAGAAUCUGGAGGAUCAACUACAGGCAGCCCAUGAGAUGAAACGCAUGAUGAGCAUUGAGUUGGAAUCAUUCCAUCUUGCACAGGCCAAACUGUCAUCAGACCUAGAGAACACCAAAGAAGAGAACCAUGCAUUAAAGGAACAGCUUGCUUUGGUUGAAGCAGGUUUUACAGAUGAGCUCAAACAAUUAAGAAUUGAACAGACCCUCCGAGAGAAAGAACUUGAAUCUCAUUCUGAGAAAAUUCAGCUUACUGAGGAAGAGAACACAAAACUGAAGGAGCAAAUAAAGGAACUGGAACAAGUUGGCCAGCGGUCACAGGAAGGUGCCCUAUAUGCCUUACAGAAGGUCAAUAGUUGCUUGAAAGAUCGUUAUGAAAAGCUGAAAAUCCAGCUAGAGGAAAAAGACAAAGAACUUGCUGCUGUACAUCGUCAGAACAAGCAGUCCAGAGUAGAGAUGGCCAAAGAGAAUAAGGAUUUAAAAGAGAGAAUUGCUAUGUGCACUGAGGAAUACAAGACUCUUCUUCUUGAAACUGGAAGGCUACAGCGCAAACUGGAAAAACACUACAAAGCCAAAGCAGUGGAGUAUAAAACGGAAAAAAUUAGCCUGGUGGCAGCUUCACCUGAAGACCAGACACCUAACAGCACCACACUGGAAGUUUCACCAAGGCAGAUAAAGAAGGAGAAAUACAAAAGGCUCUACCAGGAAGAAAAAAACAAGGGGGAGAUGAUGCAGAAUCACUACUAUGAGCAGCUGUCAAGGAAAGAUGCUGAGAUAGACAAAGUAAGAAAGACUGCAGCUGAACAAAGGGAAAUUUUUGAACAGCAGAUUCGUAUUCUCGAGAAGUGCAUUGCAGAAAAGGAUGCACACAUUACAGACUUAAACAAUCAGCUGAGAGAUUUAAAGGUUGAAGAAAAAAGCAGGACAGAAGCUCAAAGUGGCCACAGUGCCAGUUGCCAUGGUAGCAACUAUGUGCAAGGAGACCAUUCCAAUGGGUAUGAGGACCAUUUUUUGGAUGCUGCCGGUGGAAGUCGUAGAGAAAGGGGACCAGCAUUUUACUACAUCCCAACGACUGAGUGCGAGCAAGAAGAGGUUGGAGCCUGCGGAAGCACAGCCUCUUCAAACAGCACAGAUGGCAAUGGAAACCAGAGUAGCUGGGAGCUACCACCACCACUGCAGCCCCAAGUGCUACCCUCUGCCAAGCUAGCUGCAGUUAAGCAGCAGAUUGGCUGUUCAUCCUACCCUGAAUACGGAUCAGGGUUGCUCGAAAUUGAGAGUGAUGUUCCUUUGCCUUCUGUGGCUCAAGGUGAUGAAGCCUGUCAUGACCUUUUGUUCGAAGAUGCAGCUCCGGAUGUUAUUCCUCAGUGUGAAGAUGAAAGAUUCAUGGAUGCGAUCGGGGAAGGAAUGAAGAUCUGUCCUGUGUGUGAGAUGCACAUCAACACAGCCGAAGGUCUGGACAGUGAAUUUGCAGAGCAUGUGGUUGGACACUUUGGCCGUCUUUGUCCCAUUUGCAAAUACCAAGCCGAUGACUCCAUGCCACUCGAGGACUUCAAGGAGCAUGUCAACACGUGUUGCGACUCCAAUGGCCCUGGCAGUCGGAAGUAAUCUACUCUUUACCAGGGAGUUACCAGGAUGUGAUAGGCCUAGAUCCCACUGAACUGUUUCUGGCAUAAUUUGGUUUACAAAAUUUAGCAUGUCAUUAAACGCAAAUUUGUCCUUGUUUGUUUGUUUUUUUUAUUUUUUUUAUUAUUUUGUUUUGCUGCAGGCUCCUCCCGCACCCUUAAUAUUCAGGAAUGACUUGAUACAAAAAUUAAUUUAUGUACAUUUGAAUGUGGUUUUUUGUUUUCUAUUGAAUUGUCCUAGAGCUACAUACAAAUCUCCAAAUUCUUUUGCUUCAUAUUAAAUCUUAGCUUAUAUCACCGAUGUUUGUGGUUGUAAGUUGUACAGAAUGUAUGCAUUUUUUUAUAUUUUUUUUUACAAUUUUUGGGGAUGACGAGUCAUACCUAUUUUAAUUUUUAUUUGUAGGUCUUGCAAGAAUUUCUGUUAAAACAACUAUUUGAAAUGCUGCAUUUUCAGAUAAAUUAAUAUGGUGAUGGUGAUUACAAAUAAGAAAUGCUCCUGAAUUUAUACAGGCUCUAGGGUCUGUAUAAAUCAUGUGGAUUUAUAAACUUAGCACAUGUUUAAAAUCUCGUACAUAAAAUUACAGAUGAAGAUCUGGCCAUGUGCCAGCAAUGUAGAACACACUACUGCUGACAGCAUUGGCCUGUUUGUACAAAGAACUAAUCAAUCACACAGCAGAGAUACACAGAUGGCAAAAUAACAAAUUUUAACUACUUUGUGAAGACUACAAGCAUCAGAAGCAGACUUAUGAAAGUUUUUUUAAAAUCAUUAUCAAGUGCAAAAAGAAGUCAGCUCUGUCAUUCUGUCUUAAGGGCAUCGUGCCAACUUUUUGUAUUUGUAUCAACAAACCGGCGAGCUCUUUAGCCAGUGCAUCAUAUUCUCUUUGUUUAUUGUAAGUUCACAUCAUUCCACAUUGUGUGGGCGGUACCCAGCUAAAAAUUCAUGUUGAUGGCGAUAUAGUUUUGAUAUUUUUUUUUUUGUUCAAGAAUGCUUGAAAUGUAAAAUUUAAAUACCCUUGCUUUCUGACAUAACUUACAUUGUCACUUUCUAAAUUCUCGUUGCCUCAAGUUUGCAUCUGCUAUGUUAUUCUGGUUUAUUUGUAUUUUUACUGGAUAUGAUCACAUUUCCAAAUUUAUUCAUAUUUUGCACCAGAAUUAGAAAACAACAAAAGAAUACAGUAUGAAAACUUUUUUCUUGAACUGUAUACAUAUAUUAAACAAUGUGACGAUGUUCCUCUGAAAAGUGAUUUCUUUGGAGUUGCUGAUGAGAGAGACAAAAACUAUUGAAACAGUGAUUAGCUUUUAGUUUUAAAAAAAUAUUGUUAAAGGUAGGUUACCAAAAUUUAUUUAAACAUGAUUAGAAUCAAAUGCAUAUGAUUAGAAUGUCAUGGCGCAAGUCAUAGGGUCACCUAAGUUAGCUUUCGAAAAGAUUGAUGUGCAGAUUAAGUGGUUUUCUGCCCUUUUGUCAGCAACUUUAGAUCUUAUGACUGAUUCACUGUUGAAAUGUUUGAUUUGACAGCAGUAUGAUAUAGUUUUCGUUUUUAAAACAAACAUGUAAAUGUUUAAAUCCUCUUAAGGAUGUUUAUUUCCACAUGAUACUGAUAUGCUGUCUGUUGAGAGUACCUUGUAAUAUUGUUCAUUCAUAGUUUCCAUGUGAACAUGGUUAUACGAACGGGAGCAAUUUAUGAGCCUGUAGUGACCCACUCCUCAAACCACCAUCACCAGCAUGGGUUUCGGCUUGUAUAUACACUUUAUAUACAUGGGAUUAGUGUUGUUUGAAAUGGUAAAUUUAAUAUAUACACUGACCAACAUCUGCUAUAGAUUUUUACUGCAAUGUCAUAAGUCUUCUUGAUUGAAGCUGUAUUUCUCCUGGCUGAUUACCAAGUUUAACAAUAUCACUCAAAACUUCAUUGCCAACACUAUCUGGCAAAACAUUGCAUAACUUUUCUUGCAGUGUUUUGUGUUUGUAUUAUUGUUGAUCCACUAGGCACUGAGCACACUAUGUGUAGAGAAUACUUGUUGCAAUGGAUUUUUUUUAGAGGAUACCUUGUAAUUUUUUUUUUUUUUUUUACAGAUUUCUUUUUCUCAUCCCAUAAUUGUUUUUACUUGCUUGACAAGUCUGUACAACAGUGAAGGGUGUGGCCACAUUUUGUUAUAAUGUGUAAGCCCAGACCGACUUCUGUCCUCUUCCGAUAUAAGAUCAGCCUGAAACAAGCACACUUCUAAACACUUUUUAUGUUUGUUUUUCAUCUCACUAUUGUGCAUUAUGUCCCAGGUAAAGAAAAAUUGUAGGUAUUUGGUGGGUUUCAUGAAGUUAGUGUUUUCCACCGUUUCUAGUGAAAAUUUCAAAAGAUGGUAAAGAUGUAAUUACCAAUGAAGCUUGAUGAGCUGGCUGCCACAAGUACUGUUAUAAUGGCGUUAGGAAUUUCUGUUAGUUGUGUGGUGUCAGCCAUAAGCAGAAACACAGCUUUUGCUUCCUUUGUAACAACUUGGGGAUAGUUGCUUUGUUUUUCCUUAAAUGUUUUAGUUCAUUUUAGUAAUGAUGUGGUCUGGCUGUUUUGAGUUUCUACAGCAUAUCAGUUGUGCUGCAGUGGGUUUUAAAUUAUUUAGGUAGGAGCUGGAGAUGUUAAAAGAACCAGGAAAAAAGCAUUCUGGGUGAUGUCACCUACAUUUUGCGAGAAGACCUUAUUGUAAUAAUUGUUUGCCAGUAUUAAACAGACACAAUAUCAGGUCAAGAUCUUCUCUUUCCCUUUUCAUUUUGUACUUAAGCAUAGGCAGGUGAGAAAGGGACAAACCUGGGGUAGGGUCUUCAGGUUUUGGCUGUGUAUUGCUUGAAACAGAUGCUUUGUGGAACAGCUGUUGUUUGGUUUAUUAUUUGUACUUGAAUUUUUCAUGUCCAGGGGUUUUCUUAUUCUGUGGAGAGAGACAGAGUCUGUAAAGUCCUGACAUUUUCCUGUGUUUCAAAAUAUUUUUUGAAUGUGUCAAAAUAGUGGGAUAUAUAUAUAUAAAGCUGUCUUGCACAUUAUCCAAGGACAUUUAAAGCUUGUCCUCAGUGUGCACUGAUUCUGAUGUUUUGUUGGCUGCUAAUUUCUCCCUUUUCUAAAAAGUCAAAUGUACAAUGUGUAUAAAUAGAUGUAACAUAGACAGGUACCUAGGUAUUAUGUAAGUGUAAACAGUUAAUGUGCAUAAAACAUGUUUUGGACUGCUGCCAUAUCAGGGGUGCUUGUAAGUAUUCAAGCACUGAUGAAGGAAAACAAGAAAACCCCAAACAAUAAAAACAUGCGGGUCACUUGUUAUCAAAACCUACAAUUAGCUUGGAAAGGCACGACCACAUUUUUUAUAACAGAGAUGUAUUCUCUACAAGACAUCCAUCAGUUGUCAAAAUUUCCUCCUGAAGAGAGACAAAACUUUUAGUGCCGUAAACAAUAUACGGAGAGUUAUGUACUGUAUAUAUAGAUGAGGGUGUGCAGUCAUGGUGGUGGUGGGGGAAGAGAAUUUGUAUUCUCUCUCUAACAACUUUGCUUUUAAGAAAAAGCAAAUAUAUCAACAGUUAAUUCAUAAGCGAAGCAUUAACAGUAAUGAAGAUAGUUUACAAUUAAUUUAAUGACGCAUGUUUCAAUUUGCCUGACGAAAGGAAUUUUGCUUUUACUGAGAAAGAACUUUUGAAGUUAUAAACCUGUUUACAAUGGUUCAGAGGGUUUUUUGUUGUUAUUUUUUUUUUAAUGUAACAACAGACUGUUCUGGUGAGUGCUCUGCUGUCAGACUUUUGAGUGUUGUGGAUCUGUGGAUGCAAUAAAGUGAUUUUCUAAUGUCGGAGGUUUUUGCAAUAGUUAAAAUACCUUUUAGAGGUCAAGUUGUUCUAAAGGGUCUUUCGAAGCCAGGGCUACUGAAAAGCCCUGAAGAAAUGCAUCCGGUGAAUUGAAGCAGGUUUUGUGUGUUAAAUUGUUAUUCACAGAUUUUGAAAAAAAAAAGGUGAAUAAACUUGAAUUUUC